CGGGACUUCCGGUGGCGCAGACCCGGAAAAAUCAGAUGCAAGUUGUUCCUCCAUAUGCUAGUUACUUUCGACGUGUUAAUGUGAUUUUUCCGUGUUUUACGCUGUAGUAUUUGCAACAAUGUUGUCUUUAGACUUUCUAGACGAUGUUCGUCGCAUGAAUAAGCGGCAGUUGUAUUACCAGGUGCUGAACUUUGGUAUGAUAGUUUCUUCUGCUCUGAUGAUCUGGAAAGGGCUGAUGGUUGUCACCGGCAGUGAAAGUCCUAUUGUUGUUGUUCUCAGUGGGAGUAUGGAGCCAGCAUUCCACAGAGGAGACCUCUUGUUUUUGACCAACCGGGUAGAAGACCCCAUCAGGGUUGGAGAGAUUGUUGUCUUCAGAAUAGAAGGCAGAGAGAUCCCAAUAGUACACAGAGUACUAAAGAUCCAUGAAAAGGAAAAUGGAGACAUUAAGUUCUUGACCAAAGGCGACAACAAUGCGGUGGAUGACAGAGGGCUGUACAAGCAGGGCCAACACUGGUUGGAGAAAAAAGAUGUGGUGGGAAGAGCAAGAGGGUUUGUGCCAUAUAUUGGAAUUGUCACCAUUCUCAUGAACGAUUACCCCAAGUUUAAAUAUGCCGUGCUCUUCAUGCUGGGUCUCUUUGUGUUGGUCCAUCGGGAGUGAGGAGCUUCAGCAACCAGGAAGAAGAAACCACGUCCAGAAAACCUCAGUCAUGCCUUUCAAAGCAGAAAAAAAUUUCAGAAUAAGUCAAGCCCACCUGGCCAUUUAUUUGAACAUUUUUGUAGAAAAGUGGUUGGUGUUUACAUAAAAAUAAAAUUCAAGC